GAAAGCUGUUACGUAUUUAGUCUGCGUCAAACGAUUCAGCCACCAUGUACACCACGGGCUGAAAGAACAUCGUAUUAAGAGUCGUUUUUACCUUAAUACUUACACCUUAAAGAGGUGAUAAGGCGUAUUGGUUUUUGUUUUCACAAGGCGACCGUCUUUUGAUAUCUAAAGAUGUCUCUGGCGGACGAGCUCCUGGCCGAUUUGGAGGAGGCCGGAGAUGAGGGGGAGGAGGGGUUGUAUCCAGAGGAAGAGGAACGGGAUAGUGAUGGAGAGGCAACGCAGGGAAGGGCAGAGGGAGCGUUGGAAGACAUCCCAGAGGAGAUGGAGGUUGACUACAGUAAAGCGGAGAGUGUUGGCUCCAUCGCCAAGCUGCGCAAUAGCAAGCAGUUUUCAGAGAUCAUGGAGAAAAUUUCCUUUUAUAGUGGAAAGCAGCGCAAGAACUCAGAGAUCUCUGGUCUAGUGGAGUCAGACCCAGAGUACAGACUGAUCGUUGCAGCCAAUAAUCUCACAGUGGAGAUCGACAACGAGCUCAAUAUCAUUCACAAGUUCACUCGGGACAAAUACUCCAAGAGGUUUCCAGAGCUCGAGUCUCUCGUGCCAGAUUCUCUAGAUUACGUCCGCACAGUCAAGGAAUUGGGAAAUAAUCUGGAGAAGUGCAAGACCAAUGAAACUCUGCAGACAAUCCUCACCAACGCCACUAUCAUGGUGGUCAGUGUCACAGCCUCGACCACACAGGGGAUACUCCUUAGUGACGAUGAACUGCAGCAACUGGAGGAAUCGUGUGACAUGUCUCUGGAGCUGAGCCAGUCCAAACUCAGGAUCUAUGAAUAUGUGGAGUCCAAAAUGUCAUUCAUCGCCCCAAAUCUGUCCGUCAUUGUCGGAGCGUCAACAGCUGCCAAGAUCAUGGGUAUUGGAGGCGGCCUGACUAACCUCUCCAAGAUGCCCGCCUGUAACCUGAUGCUGCUGGGCGCUCAGAGGAGGACGCUGUCUGGCUUCAGCAGCACCUCCCUGCUGCCCCACACCGGCUACAUCUACCACUGUGAUGUGGUGCAGUCACUGCCACCCGACCUCAGGAGGAAGGCCGCUCGUCUGGUGUCUGCUAAAUGCACCCUGGCUUCCCGAGUGGACAGCUUCCACGAGAGUUCAGACGGCAAGGUUGGCUACGAUCUCAAAGAAGAAAUAGAGAGGAAGUUUGAUAAAUGGCAGGAGCCUCCGCCAGUGAAGAUGGUCAAACCGCUGCCAGCCCCGCUGGACGGACAGAGGAAGAAGAGAGGAGGAAGGAGGUAUCGAAAGAUGAAGGAGCGUCUCGGACUGACUGAGAUCAGGAAGCAUGCUAACAGGAUGACCUUUGCAGAGAUUGAGGAUGAUGCCUACCAAGAGGACCUGGGCUUCAGUCUGGGUCAGUUGGGGAAGAGCGGCAGCGGGCGCGUCCGGCAGGCUCAGGUCAACGAGGCCACCAAGGCCAGGAUCUCCAAAUCCCUCCAGAGGACGUUGCAGAAGCAGAGCAUGACGUACGGAGGAAAGUCCACCGUCAGAGACCGCUCCUCAGGGAUCAGCUCCAGUGUGGCGUUCACUCCUCUCCAGGGGCUGGAGAUCGUGAACCCAGGGGCUGCGGAGAAGAAGGUGGCUGAAGCAAACCAGAAGUACUUCUCUAACAUGGCGGAGUUCCUCAAAGUCAAGAAGGAAUCAAAGAUGUGAAUACACACACACACACACACACACAAUCAUCCUGCACACGGACAGUUGCGCUCAACACUGUAAAGCGAUAUUUUCAACAUGGUUUGACAUUGUGCUUCGUCCUGUAUUUCGUUUUUACUUUUUCCAUUUGAAUAAAAACAUAAAAAUGUAA